UGGGUCCCGGUUGUCGACAAGGCGCUCCGGGAGGCGCGGGAGCAGGCGGACCGGGAAAUCAACGAUUUGCGGAAGAUCGUCCGGUGGGACCUGUCGAACUUCACCGCCAUGCGAGACUCCGUGAAGCGAUCCCACCGCCAGCUGGCCAAGAUCGCGAAACGCUUCGACGUGGCUUUGCAAGAGCAGACCGACCAGGUCUUGAGUCGGCAGUUGCAAACGCACAUCGAGAAAACGGAUUUGGGCCCGGAAGAUGUCAUCGUGGAUGACGGACUGGAGGAUGUUGAUGAACACGACUAUGGUAGUACAGCAGGCAUGACGACCGACACCGAAGAGCUGAGCGCGCUAACAUCUUUUUCGACGAAUUUCUCGUCUUCUAUACUGCAACCGUACCUGCUGGUCGUCGAGGUUGAUGGCAAGAACACAGGUACGAAGUCACCGUCUGGAAAUAAACUUCGAUUCUCCGACACGGACGCGUUCUGGCGCCACCCGGACGCGAUCUUUUCCAUCAGGGAGCGCAUGACAAGUUUGGUGAAAACGAAAGUGCUUCCCGAACUCUGGGCGUUCCGAAGUGCCGAUGAGGGCAACUACGACAUCAACGGGCUGUUUCUCGGCCAGGACUUCGCGCAGGGGGUCACGAACGUGCUCGAGAGCUUGAAAGACCAGAGUGUGAACAUUCAGCUGAAGAAGCGGCAACUGCAGGGGAUCAAGGACGAGCUGCAAUCGUACGGGAUCAAAUACCGGUCCUGCAGCUCCGCGCAAAUGCUGAACGCCGGGAUCGAACUCUUCACGACACCCUUCCCGGAAAUUGCGACCCACAUGCAGCCAUCCUGCUUGCUCGGAGGUGGAGGAGGGUUUGCUUCUUUUACUGAUGUUGAACAUCUUCAGCUGACCUUGAUGACCACAGAGAGGACCACGAGCUCCGGCAUGACAAACUUAUCCUUCGAGUCCAACCUGACGCGUCAGCGGAACCAGCUCUGGCCGGUGAUUGAGCACAACCUGUACACGGCGAUGCACUCCUUCCUGCGGAUCCGCAGCCGCAAGGAGCCGCCCCAGGAUCUGACCAACGUCGAGUACUUGAAGUACGUCGGGAUCGCGACUGAGGCGGUCCGACUGGUCAGCUUGCACCGCCAGCGAUGCGUGGCUGCUGCGAGGGAAAUGCAGGCGUUUGGCAGCUUGAUGGCAAUUUUGCGGUCCUCUAGCUUUGAAGAUGGGAGUGAUGUAGAUGUUGUCCAAGAAGAACAAAUUAGCGGAAGUUCUUGCAGCAAAAAAUCAACAGCCGAACAACAAACGGGAAAAAAUCAACCGCUUCUUGUGCUGUGCGACCUGACAUCUCUCACGCACCUCUUUCGACAGAUCGACAUUGCGGCCGAGUCGGUCCGGCAGUACGAGUUCUUCGU